AUGUUGAAAAAGUUUAAUUUUCAUGAUAGUUCUCCGGUUAGCAUUCCAAGGGAUCCUUCUUUAAAGCUCUCACCUAAUAAAGGUGUGGCUGUAAGCCAACUUGAAUAUUCAAGGGCUAUUGGAUCUCUCAUGUAUGAUAUAAUUAGCAAUAGACCGGAUAUAGCUUAUGUUGUUGGAAAGCUUAGUAGGUAUACUAUCAAUCUAGGUGUAAGUCAUUGGCAAGCUAUGAAUCGAUAUUUAGUUUUAGAAGGUUAUUCGGAUGCAAGCGGGAUUAACAACUUGGAAGAUCAUUCUUCCACAAGUGGAUGGACUUUUCUGCUUGGAGGAGGUGCCAUAUCUUAG